UGAUUGAAUAAUAUUUUUUUGGGGUAAAAACUAAAAAUCAAACCCAAAUUAGGGAAAAAUAGCAGUCAAUUUGUGUCUCCACAUCGUGGAGUGCGAUCCCUGAGGGAGACUCUCCAUCUCUUCGAUCGGUACUCAUCUGCAACUCCGAGCACUAGUGAGAAAUGCAAUUCUUUGGAGGGUCAGAGAUCAGUCCAUCACCGCCGGCACCGACGGUGUCGGGAAACAAUGCUCACAUGAUGUACGUGUUCAAUAGGAAUGGGGUGUGCCUACUUUAUAGGGAAUGGAAUCGUCCACUGCACACCCUUAAUGCCCAGCAGGACCACAAGCUCAUGUUCGGUCUACUUUUUUCCCUUAAAUCCUUGACUGCAAAAAUGGAUCCAACAAGUGCGGAGAAGGGAAAUCUUGGGGUGCCUCAGUUACCUGGACAAGGGUGUUCAUUUCACAGCUUUCGUACCAAUACGUACAAACUCAGUUUUAUGGAGAGUCCAUCUGGUAUAAAGAUCAUUCUCGUCACUCAUCCCAGGACUGGUGAUCUAAGGGAUUCCCUGAAGUAUAUUUACAAUUUGUAUGUUGAAUACGUUGUCAAAAAUCCACUCUAUACUCCAGGAACUCCAAUCAGAUGUGAACUAUUCAAUACAACACUUGACCAGUAUGUAAGAGGCCUUGGAUAGCAUCACGGUAUUAUGCUGCUUCCAUUCUGUGAUUUAUCCACUAUUGCUCUGUUAGCAGAAUACACUCGAUACUGGCCUUCAGUCAGUAUAACAGUACAUUUUGUUUCAUAUGAAGGCCGCCAAAGCUACUUCGUUGAAUCCAUUCCCAUUAAUCAUUUCUGUUUGGCAGAUGGUGAAUCAAUUUAUUUGUGAAUGUUGGCUUAGAUCUUUCCUUGUGCUAUUUCUAUAGGAAAAAACCGUCUUCACUCAAGAGUACAUCAUGUGUGUUUGGAUAUAAAGAAAAACUUCAUUGGUAAUCUUUUCCUUUACAUUCAUCUCUUUUAUUUUACUAUGGCAUGUUUGGAAACUCUCUACUGUAGCAUGAAACAUUGUGGCUUCCAUCUAUUUCAGUGACUCCCCCUUGCUAAGUUCUUGCAAUCUAUGAAGAUGUUUAUUUAUUUAUUUA